AAGAAAGCUGCCGAGUGGGCGAAGGCAUGAGGGAGCUCGAGCCUCGAGAACAAACGAAGGCGCGCGCGAAGGACGUUCCGUUUAAAAGGGCGCGAGACACCAGCAGGGUUACAAUUCAUUAGAAACACCAUCAAAACCAACCAGUUUCCAUGGCAACGGCACAACAAAUGCGAGUGUCUGAAAAUCAAAUAUCUGGGUGGACGGCAAUAUUUCCCAAUGAUGUAGCAACAGAACACCAAUCCCUUGUAUUCACAAAAAGAAUGAUGGCUUUGGGAGUAUCAUGUAUCACAUAUCUACGUGGGAUAUUUCCGGAAGAUGCCUAUAGAACUCGAUACUUGGAAGGCAUGUGUGUAAAAAUAUUGCGUGAGGACAGUAGGUUUCCUGGAGCAAGCAAAGUAGUAAAAUGGAUGCUGGGCUGUUUUGAUGCUUUGGAGAAAAGAUUUCUACGAACAAUUAUUCUUGGAGUUCAUAGAGAUCCGGAGGAUCCAAAUAGUAUAAUAGAGUCUUACCAGUUUAAGUUCAAGUACACUGCAGAUGGACCAAAGCUGGAUAUCUUAAGCCAAAACAAACAUAUUGGAACAGAAGUAAGCUUUCAAGAUACAAAGAAAGCCUCCAUACUGCUCAUCCGUAAGCUAUUUGUCUUGAUGCAGAGCCUGGAGAUACUUCCUAAUGAUGUGUCUUUGACAAUGAAACUCUUCUAUUAUGAUGAAGUGACUCCUCCUGACUAUCAGCCUCCGGGGUUUAAAAAAGGUGAGUGUGAUGCUAUGUGGUUUGAGGGAACGCCAGUCCAUUUUAAAGUUGGCGAUGUGCUCACUCCAUUCCAUAUGAUAAAAGUGCGGGUCACCACAGAGAAAGAGACAAUGGAACAGCUGAAGAAAGAGAACAUGCUAAAUGAGGAAAAUGAAACUUCACAACAGGAAUUUGAAGAAGUCAGGUCCAUCAAAAGUGGCAGAAACUCUGUAAUGGCUGGCAUUCCAAACCACCAAAAUACUACUGCUCAGCCGAUACUCCAGAAAUACACGCCUAGUGAGCAAUCAUUUGGUCCUUCAGAGAAAGAGAUAAAGCAAUUGGUAGCAAAGGCAGCAGAGCUGGAUGUUUCAGACAAAAGGACAAAAGUUGGAAAAGAGCCGGUACAAGGGAAUGGUUUACGACAAAAUGGAGAAAUGCAUGUGGAACCACAGAAGUUGAGUACCACACAGUCAAUAAAAGCGGUUCGAGCAAAAAAGACAAUCUCUGAAGUAAACUGUGCAGCAAGUAAGUCCGCAAUGCUUCAAGAGAAGAUUACAAAGAGAAGGAGAAAAAAUUGAGGAUUAAAUAAAUUUGAUAAUAUUUGAUAAUCUUAUGACUAUUAAGCUAAUUUAAUUAAUAUUUUGAAUUGAUUACACAACAUUACCAUUAUUUAAAAUAAUAUCAGUAAAUAUUGUUAGUACAUGUCUGAAAAAGUAUAAAAUAUACAUAUUUUGUAUGUACCUGCAAUUAAAUAGAACUUUCUGGUUAUAUGUGCCUUAU